AUGUCGUCGACAUUACCGCCGACUAUCAGCCCUGGCAUCCUUGAUGUGCCAGGGGCAACGUACGAGUCCAAAACGACCCUUGAACGUCUCUUGCAAGAGGACCGCGAGACACACCAUUGCUUUUUCGGAAAAGUUGGCCUGCACAACCAUCUGAGCCAUCAUCUCCUGGCAGCAUAUGAUCUCGGCGCGCCUGCGAAGUUGCUGCAAGCGAUCUAUGACCAGGAAAGAAGCGGGCUGUCGCCUAUCCAUCUUGCAGAUCGCAGCAAAGACGUCGUGGAAAAGCAAGAAACCGCCAUCACCUUGCAGAAUUGGACAAAGUACCUGGGACAGGAGAAGUACUAUGCGAACUACCUCGCCUUCUUUGCCGAUGAAAUAGCCCAGUAUGGAAUCGAAGGAGUGUUCGAACGAUACCUCUUCUCUCGAGAUGCAAACGAAAACGGCGCGCUAGUGUUGCUUCGUUUCAUCGGAGGAGCAGUACACCCAAUUAUCCAAACGGGGUACGGCGUCGAAUUUGGUAGCGACGCCAUGGUCGCACAAGGUCUCGCUCAAACGGCCGUGCAUCAACCAUUUGUCCCCGACAUCUUCGAUCUGAACACGCCGAAGGGCACAAACGAGGCAACAAGCUCGGCGAGCUCAGGCCAUCGCCAGCCAUACCGGGGCCGGUCGCUCCUCGCCAUCCUGCGCGAAGCCUACGACUCCAAGACCAUGGAGCCCGUCAUGCCCUACGACCCCGACGCGCCGCUCCGCGUGCGCAUCCAGGACGCCCUCAAGACACCGGGGCGCGUCGGCGAGAUCAAGCGGUUCGCCGCACAGUGGCAGGUCGACACGAGCCGGGGGCAGGAGGCGCUCGACGAGAAGGUCGAAGAGCUCCUCUGGGCGACGACGCUGCUCCUCGCGGGGUCGGGCAAGCACGGCCGGCCGCCGCGCCUCGACUUCUUCCUCAUGCACAUGUUGAACAUGUCCAUAUUCGUGCCGUCGCUGCUGACGGUGAUCCCGAAGGCGGAGAACAGGGCGGCGCUGCUCCAUGCGAUCGUGCCCGUGCUGCUGAUGUACCUCACCAUCCGCGGGCGCCCGCAGAUCGACGCGCCGCUCCUCAUGUCGUACACCGCGACGCCGCGCCCGCCCUCGCAGGACAAGGGACCCUCUCCUCACUCGACUGCCAUUGGGGAUCGCCGUGAUGCGGAGACGGUGAAUCCCUGGCCCGACAUCGUCGCGAGCGUCCUGCACGCGCCGGACCCGCACACGCUCAAGGCGAUCCGCUCGCUGUACUAUGCCGCGCAGCAUUACGGGACGACGCCGCCCGGAGGGGCGAUUGGGGCCUUCGACGCGGAGGGCCGCGAAACGCACGAGGGCAUGUCGAAGGUCGAUGGGACGAUCUUCGUCAGAGCGGCAGGGGUCGUGAUGGAUACCCUCGGUUGGGUCACGCAUGGGCAGCCCGCGGGCAAGUGGGACUUCAGCGCGCACGGGUGGGAUGACGCUUGGAAUGACUGA